AUGACACAAAUGAGUCAUAUGUUUGAGGAUGGGAGGCUCAGAUAUAUCACAUUGAGUUGUGCUCGUGGUGGGAAGGCACGGAAUCGGACCACAAAUGCCGCUCGACCACGUCCGACAUCAAAGACAGGCUGUAAUGCAAGGAUAAACGCUACGUUUUUUGAAGGGGUGUUGAAGUUGUUGACUGUUCACAAUACCCACAAUCACGGCCUAAGUCCACAAAAAUCGAGGUUCUUCCGCUGCAAUAGAGAAGUGAGUUUGUUUGUUAAGAGAAUGCUAGAUACAAAUGAUCAAGCUGGUAUCCGAAUGAACAAGAGUUUCGCCACUCUUGUGCAAGAAGCAGGUGGGUUUGAGAACUUGCCAUUCAAUGAAAAAGACUGUCGUAACUACAUUGACAAGGCACGCCACCUUCGACUUGGGAAAGGUGGUGCUGGAGCCCUUCAUGAAUAUUUUGCUAGGAUGCAAUACAAGAAUAAUGGAUUCUUUUCACUACUAGAUAUGGAUGAUAAUGGGAGGUUGAAAAAUAUCUUCUGGGCAGAUGCACGGAGUAGGGCAUCAUACAAAUAUUUUGGUGAAGUUGUCACGUUUGACACUACCUAUUUGACAAAUAGGUAUGGGAUGCCGUUUGCACCAUUUGUUGGUGUAAACCACCAUGGACAGUCAAUCCUUUUGGGGGCAGGAUUGAUUUCUAAUGAGGAUACAGAAACGUUCACAUGGUUGUUUCAGAGUUGAUUGAACUGUAUGGAUGGUGAAGCUCCAAAGGCUAUUAUCACAGAUCAAGAUAGAGCCAUGAAAAAUGCAAUUGCGCUUGUCUUUCCGAAUACCCGACACCGAUUUUGCUUAUGGCACAUACUGAAGAAAGUACCUGAAAAACUGGGUUCACAUGGUGCAUACAAAGAUGGGUUGAAAAGUCAGUUGCUUAAGUGUGUGUAUGACUCUCAAACAAUAGAGGAGUUUGAGAAAUGUUGGGAAGUGAUGAUUACAACAUACAACUUGCAGGAGAAUGCUUGGUUGUAGAAUUUAUAUGCUGAGCGUACCUAUUGGGCACCGGUAUUUUUGAAAGAAGUUUU